CUUUUUUCAACUCAACUGUUAAGUAGCUUGGUGGCAAAAAUUAGGAAAAUAGGUUAAGGAUACAAAAUGCUCUGGUCACACUGCAGAAAGGAAAUAUCGCCAGUCAAAGCACGUGUGUGAAAAGGCAAAGUUGAAAAUUGUGAUUGCACUUGGCAUUAAAGCUUCUUCGAUUUUAGAAAACACCAGUCCAAUAAAGCAGCAAGAUGAGUACAGUCGCAAGCAACGAUCAGCACGAGGACACCGGCGUGUUGCCGAUGUCCGGCACGGGCAGCCCCAGCUCCCAAAUCCAGCAGAGGGGCAAUGGCGCGAUCGUGCCCAGCUACGAGCGUGCUACUGCCGGCGAGCAGGGCGAGGCGCAGGCUGCAGCUAGCUGCAGUGCAGUCGCUCUGCGUCCGUCAGGUGUUGCCACCUCUGCCGACGUAGUGAGUGGGUCAUCAUCUGUGAGCAGCCCCGUGCAGCCGUCCUGGAUGUGCUCCAUCGCCAGGUCCCAGGACAAGAAGUGCGGCAUUUGCUUCGAGACGAUCAUGGAGAAGGAGGGAGGAGAUAAGCGUUUCGGCAUCCUGCCCAGAUGCAACCACGUGUUCUGCUUCCAGUGCAUUUCCACGUGGCGUCAGGCCAAGCAGUAUGCCUAUCAAGUGACGCGAGCUUGCCCCGAAUGUCGCGUUUGGUCUAACUUUGUAUGUCCCAGUGUGGUUUGGGUGGAGGAAAAGGAGGAGAAGGACCAGCUCAUCAAUGAUUACCUCGCCGCUUUGAGUGCAAAAGACUGCAAGUACUUUAGAAAAGGAAAGGGCGUGUGCCUCUUUGGCAACAAGUGCUUUUUCAAGCACGCUUUGCCCGACGGAGAACUCAUAGAUGCGGGCUUGCCGACCUAUACUCAUGGGCUACCGAUUCCAACUGAUUUUAUGGGGUUAGCCAAUUGGUUUGUUGAUGUUGAUGACAGUAGUUCCGACGACUCUGAUUUCUCGGAUUCCUCGGACGAAAACUAGACUGCCAAAACUGGAGUUGGGUUACAUCACAAUCAUUCACCACUUAAUUCCAAGAAUUUUGAGGCACUUUUUACUUGCAUUCGAUUUCCAUCACAAGUGGCUUAUCCUUAAACUGAAGAAAUAUUAGUAUCAAUAAAUAAGCAGUAUAAUUACAUUUUGAAAGUAGGUGCUGGUCUGGAACCUACAACUGAUAACCUACAAACCUGAUGACAUUUAAUAUCAAGAUAUCAAUGCUUUAACAUAACUAUUCCCUUUUGGAGAACUUUCUUUCAAAAUGAAUCUCUAUGAUAUACAAUCACAUGUUUUACAAUUAAAUAAAGGGGACUAAAAUGAUAA